AUGGUAGCUAGUGGUCACAAGUUACUAUGCACACAGAAGAUUACAAAUCUUCGCAUCAGAUUGGGAGAUGGUUAUGAGCUCCAGGAUGAGUUCUAUGUUGUGAACAUGGGUGAUUAUGACAUUGUCUUAGGGAUGACUUGGAUGGCAUCAUUGAGAGAAUUUACUCUCAACAUGGAGAGAGUAGAGAUGAGGUUGUGUGGCAUAGAUCUUACACCCAGCACUAGUUAUCAUCCACAGACAGAUGGGCAGAUAGAUAUUGUGAAUAAAUGGGUGGAGGGAUAUUUGAGGAACUAUGUGACUACACAGCAGAGGGCUUGGGUUAGAUGGUUGCAUAUGGGAGAGUAUUGUUACAAUACUACAUAUCAUAUGUCCAUCAAGAUGACACCCUUCAUGGCACUUUAUGGUUAUGAAGCACCAAGCUUCAUGGAUUUGGUUUUGGGAGACAGCAGGGUGCCCAAAGCCAAAGACUCAUUGCAAGAUAGUCAGGAUAUCCUGAGAGCGCUCAAGGAGAACAUACAGCAGGCUCAGAAUCAGUAG